CGACACCACUGUGCUACUUUUCGGCUCUGUGUGACGUGGACGUCACCACAGCAAUGGCGGACGCUGUAGAGGAAGUGCUCCAAAGCAGCUGGGAUGAGGACCUAGCUGAGGCUCGUGACUCUGUAGGUGGAGAUCUAGAUGCUGAGAAGGAUGGCGUCAUUCAAGUCCAAAACCUGCCACCUGCUCAGAGAGCAAAGCUUUGGAUGAUUGCUCUAAAUGUGGCGGGUAAAGGAGACAGUUUGUCCUCAUGGGACGGGGCUUUGGAUUUACCAGAACAGACACUCAUACACAACCGAAGCCAGCGGCUCAUUGAUCAGCUGGGGCUUCCUGCAGAGGACGGCCGGGACCUGGUGGGGGAUGUGGAGGCGGUGAUCACUUUCUAUUGUAAGUCACGAAAUGUGACGUUCACAGCUGACCUCUGCUGGCCCAACCUGCUCAAACCCCUGCUGGGCCUCCAGUUAGCCCGCAGCGACCUGUACAACUGCUUCUACGCCAUCAUGAAUAAGUACAUUCCCAGGGAAUGUGUGCCGAAGGGACGACCAUUCCACCUGUACAGACUACUGCUGCAGUACCACGAGCCUGAACUCUGCUCAUUCCUCGAUACCAAAAAGAUCACACCGGACUCGUACGCUAUAAACUGGCUGGGCAGUCUGUUCUCUAGCCACUGUAGUCCUGAGGUCACUCAGGCCUUGUGGCACAUCUACUUCCAGCAGGCUGACCCCUUCCUCGUCUUCUUUUUUAUGCUUGUCAUUCUUGUCAAUGCCAAAGACAUGAUUGUUUCCCAAGAAGGAGACAGUAAAGAGGAGCUAAUAAAAAUGUUGGAACAGUCACCUGCCCUAUUGGAGGCCGAGGACAUCGAGGAUUUGUUUUCACUGGCACAGUAUUACCAAAGCAAGACACCCGUCUCUCUCCGAAAGGAGAACCAGAACCUGUUUGGGAGCAGUCUGGUGGCUCUGAAGGAGGAGGACAUGGACCUCAGUCAGGCGCUAUGUCUCCCUGUCUCUGUACCUGAGAUCCUACAGGCCAAUCAGCUCCAGUCUGAGGGAGUGCGCUUUUUUGUAGUGGACUGUCGACCAGCAGAGCAGUACAACGCUGGACACUUGUCCACCGCCUUUCACUUGGAUUCUGAUCUGAUGUUGCACAAUCCAUCAGAAUUCGCUCUGUCAGUGAAGUCUCUGCUGGAGACACAAAAGCAGUCUCUGGAGACGGGUUCAGUGGCCAGCGGUGAGCAUCUGUGCUUUAUGGGCAGCGGCCGAGAAGAAGAAGACAUGUACAUGAACAUGGUGCUCGCUCACUUCCUGCAGAAAAACCAGGAGUAUGUCAGCAUCGCUAAAGGUGGAUUCAUGGCACUGCAGCAGCACCUGGCAGACAUUAAUGUGGAAGGGCCAGACAACGUGUAUGUCCACUGGAUAGUCAGCACUUCAGGAUCCCACAGCAGCCUCAGCUCAGCAGAUGGGGAGCUGAACAGCACAGGCGUCAAAUCUCUCGUCAACAAAAUGACCUUUGCACUCAAAUCUAAAUCAGUUAAUGUGAAAGAGAAGGUGAUCAGCUUCAUUGAAAACACCUCAACUCCAGUGGACAGAUUGUCUUUCACUCUGCCCUGGCCCGAGAAGGGGAUACCCGAUCGGCAUGUGAGCAGUAGUGACAGAGUGGGUAAACCCUACAGGGGCGUGAAACCCGUCUUCAGCAUCGGCGAUGAGGAGGAAUACGACACAGAUGAGAUUGACAGCUCUUCAAUAUCGGAUGAUGACCGCAAAGAGAUAGUGAACGUACAGACAUGGAUUAACAAGCCAGAUGUGAAGCAUCACAUCCCAUGUAAUGAGGUGAAAGAGACUGGACACAUGUUCCCCAGCCACCUGCUGAUCACAGCGACACACAUGUACUGCCUGAGGGAGAUCGCCUCGCGGAAAGGAUUCGCCUACAUCCAGUCCAGACAGGCUUUAAGCUCUGUGGUGAAGAUCACCUCGAAAAAGAAACAUCCGGAGCUGAUCACCUUCAAGUUUGGCAACAACAACUCUGCAGGAGUGGAAAUUAUGGCUGUUGAACGGUAUUUGAUCCCGAAUGCUGGUGAUGCCACUAAAGCCAUCAAGCAGCAGAUCAUGAAGGUUCUGGAUGCUUUGGAGAGCUCAUAGAUUCUCUGUUGCUCUGAGGCUUCCCUCCGGCUGUAUGCAGCGAGACUGCCAUGACUAACACAAGUCAGCACAACCGUGCAGAAGGAGAAAAAUAGUCUAUCUUUCUUACAUCCCAUCUCUCUCUCUCUCUCUCUCUCUCUCUCUCUCUCUCUCUCUCUCUCUCUCUCUAAAUGGUCUCCUGGGACAGUACUGACAUUCAGUAUUGCCAAUUACAUCGAUGGGAGACACUCAAGACUUCAACAUAAGCCGUCGUUCUGUUUAGCCUUUGGCAUUUUUUUUCUUGUUCCUGUCAAGAAAAUCUAACCCUUUAGGUGUAAAUUUGGACUUGUCGCCUCAGUCUGGAUGUCUGUCAAGCCUUAAUCCUGUCGCUAAUCCGCUGUUUUUUUUAAUGCAAGGAACUCGAAGGCAGAGCCUGUGGUGAGAUAAAGGACUCAACCUUGAAACGCUCAGUUUUUCAUUUGUCUUGUUUAAUUUAUUUUCCUAAUUCAUUCGCUCUGCAGUAAACUUUCAACAACUUCUAUCCAUAUUUAUCAGAGCAGUAUUUAUGCCUGUGAGUUAAGAGCGCUGAAUCGAUGCCGCAUUUAUAUUUUGAAACUGUUGUGGAACAUAGCGGAGCACAAAAGUGAUGCACAGGUGAUGGAUACCAUCAUGCAACCUGUAACACAUGCAACCUUCAGUGCCCAAGUAUUGCUUAAAUUACAGAUCUCAUAAAUAUAAUUAACUCAUAUGUGAGUCGUUCCUUAUGGUCUGUGCUCGCAGCCUUAAAGCAGAAGUAAAAGAUAAGAGAAGCAGUCUGUGGGAAAGUGAUAUUUGUAUAUAAUGUAAAACUGUACCUAAUGGCCGGCUUUCGAAAAAUGUAUUUCUGAACAGACGCUGAUGCCACUAAUAAGAGCAGCCUUGCUGAGGAUCAUGUUUUGUAAUGAAAGUAUUUAACGUUAAAGUCAUGGUUUGAGGCAACUGGGAUGAUGAACGAUACAUCACAACUCCUAACCAGAGUUUUGAGUAUAAACACGCAGUUCUGUUUAUGAACUAAAUUUCUAGAACAGAUGAGGAGAGUUCACAUUGCUGUUAUAUUCAUUAACCAUUUGCUUUACAAACAAAUCUCAGCACUUCACCCUGUACACAUGUUCUGUUGAAACUUCAUUAUUGUUCUUUGUAAAAUCUUUUGUUUUAAUAAAUUUACGAGUAGCCUACA